AUGAUGACCAUUUGUGCUCUUCCAGGCACAUCAAGUCCAUCUUUUCAGAAUGAGCUCAACUUUUCUGAUACGAGUACCUAUGGGACUCUAGUAGAUGGAACACUUGUGAAAGACAGAUCUGAAAUUAUCCGAGAUGGAGCACACGUUUUCGUGGGUGAUGUUGAAUUGACAGUUUCGUGCUUCCUCGGGCAGCAGCGAAGCUUGGAUUCCACUCGCAGCGAUAAUGUACUAACAUCAUCACAGGGAACAGCUGCCAAAAGGAAAUAUAACGCUGGUGAUGCACUACAAAAGGAAAGCAAACGAUCGAAGCUGAACCCUCUUGCGAGGAAGUCAGCUGCUCGACAAUCUUCAGCACAAAUAUCUGCAUUUCUUGUGAAAAAACCGCUUGUGAUUGACGAUAAUGAUGAUGACGACGACGAUUGUGCUAUACUAGCUGAAGAUACACCUUACAGUCAAGCUGUGGACUCUGCAAAGAACACUUCCCGCAAUAUGGUUUCGUUUGUAAAAGAGUCGGUUGGAUUGCCUACGGAUUCACUAGGUGCCUCUCUUAGGCAGAAACCAGACAAUAUUUCUUCGUCGAACACUCAUAUUCCGUCAAAAAACACUGCGCGUCGCAAAAAGCAAUGCAUUUUCGACGUAAACGUACGUCCGGCAAUGUCUCGAUCGCCUAUAGUGCUGGCCGAGGAUACACAACAGGAGACAGUCGAACCAUCGCGUUCCAAAGGGUUUUCUGGCAACGUUAGCCGUGCGGCUGCCAACGUAACGACCUGUAUCCCAGACACAUGCGAUCAAAAAGCGCCUUUGGGUAGUUCUCAGAGCUGCAAUAAGACAUCUAUAUUGGGCAGUAAUGACACUCCGGCAACUGUAUGCACCUCAACGUUCGCACCGAAAAUCUCCGCAACGUCUACACAAACGACCCGGCCUUCAGGAGCAAAUGGCAUGUCUUCAGUAUUUCGUGAAACUUCGAAGCUCGCCAAACCGAAGAAAAACAGCAUUUUCGAUUCCAAGCCUGUAGAGAAACAACAGCAUCCUGAAAUUGUUGAUGCUUUCUCUGAUGAUGAGCUGGAAGAUAUUGCAGUGAAAUCUGAUAUGGUAAACGUUUUUCCACAAAAAUUAUGA